AUGAGUACAUUGAAAGACACAGAAGAAACGGCACGGUCAGACUUACAAGGUACGAGCGGUAUAAACAAUAAACGCAAAUACUGUCCGAUUUGUGACGAUAACAGUGAAGAUGAAGAGAUUGAUGUAGAUGAUAGCUUAGCUAGGUAAAAAAAAAAAUUCAAUAAUUAUUUUUUUAUUUAAUUAUGAACAAAUUAGCGAGUUGAUUUGCUUUGGUGCAUUUUUUUAAACAUUUUUUUGAUAUGUGUGUCUGAUCAAUUUUUCUAUCAGAGAUGUUACUCGAAACAAAACUGUUAUAGGAUAUUCAUUGUAACAUUUUUAAUCUGAUUUAGGCGCUAAGAAAAAGAUAUUUUGAUUUUCCUUAGUUUUCUUAAUUAAAAUGACACACGUUUUUUGUUAGAUUUCGUUGGUUCAUUGCAUACUGGUAAAUAUUAGAUUACUCUACACAUCCCCUCUUCUAAUUUCCUUUCUAAAAAAAAAUGAAAACAGUGACAACAUAAGCCUUUUUUUGUUUUUAGAGAUUAAAAACGAAUAAUUGUUUUAAUUUACGAUAAGAAUUAUUAUAGGUAUUGAGAAAAAAAUAAAAAGGUUAAAUUUAUAAUGCUGAGAUAUUAUAUUAAAUAUCGAAUCGUUGCAAUUAUAUCACCACGGUGAAAACAUGUAUCUAUUUCAAAAAAAAAAUGUUUAUUAUAAUAAUUAUAAUAAUUAAUAUUUAUAAUAGUAGUAUUAUAAUUAAUACUACUGACAUUAUUGUUUUCUGAUUACCGUUUUUUAUUUUCAAACUAAUAGUACAAUUAAUCGAAUUUUAGAAACGAAAUGAGUUGAUGUUUGUGACACGAGAAAUAAAUGUACCCGCAUGAAAUUCUAUUUUUGGAUUCGAGUUAAUAUUAUUGUUUUUAUACAUUUUUAAACAAAUUUGGAAAAAAAUAUUAUUAAUAACCAUGCAUGAAUUUAUAAAUGACCUGAUUUUUUUUCAUUCUAUAAAAUACUUUAAACAUUUUAAUGAAUUACAUAUAUGUCAGUAGAGAACGAGACACCGACGGGGUGGUAAAUAAUUCUGGUGAUCAGGACAAACGACAAAAACAUCAAAAAAUGACCAUAACAGCUCAACGUCGUCAAAACGAUUGCGACACUACUGCUGAUACCACUCGAAAUGUUGAUGGACCGCCGCUUUCUGACGAUGACAGUGAUGUGCUCGAGAUUUUUCUAGAAGACCCAAUUCCGAUAGCCAAGACACGUAAUAAGAAAACAAAACCAAAACAAGCUAAACAGCAAAACAGCUACCAAAAAAAGACGAAAAAGCGAUCGUCGGUCAUUUAG